AUGGCGGCCAUAUUCACCGCCGUCUUCGGCGUCGUUCUCGCCGCGUACGCGUCGUUGACGCCGGUGCGAGGAGGGAAGAUGACGUCCGAGACCGAGGCGCGCUCGGCGCGAUGGAUCGUCGACGCGCGGGUGAAUCCGUCCAAGGCGAGCGCGGAGACGUUCGUGAUGCGGUACUCGAUGUGCUGGAUCGCGAGCGUGGGGGUGGUGAUCGCGACGAAGGCGUACGAGUCGUUCGAUAGGUGGGGAUACCUGGCGUACUGCGGCGCGUGCGCGGCGCCGGCGAUCGCGUGGCCGUUGAUGUUUCCGUCGAGGGCGGACGCGGGGAAGCCGCUCGGUGAACGGUACAUCGUCAAGGCGAAUGUGUGGAUUGCAGUUUUUUCAUUCAUCGGGAAUUACUGGUACACGCAUUACUUUUACGGCGUGCUCAAGGCGGAGUACACGUUUGACGCGCACCGGUUGAACGACGUGCCGAUAUCGAUGUAUCUGAUGACGCACGCGUACUUCAUGUUCUAUCACGUGCUUUCGAACGCGGCGCUGCGUCGCAUUCGAACGGGAUACGUGGAUAAUGCGCAGAGGUUCGUGUUCGAGUGCGCGGCGAUCGGCGCCAUGUCGUACACGACGGCGUUCAUGGAGAGCUUGACGAUUUGUGGCUUCCCGUACUACUCGUUCGCCGAUCGACACAUGGCGUACACGCUCGGCUCGGCAUUUUAUGGCAUUUAUUUCUUGGUUUCGUUUCCAAUGUUCUUACGCGUGGACGAAACGAAGCUGAUGCCGAUGUCUCAGGUGUUUUGGGAAGCGAUGGGGAGCGGAAUGGCGGUGCUCUGUUUGCUCGACUUUGUGCGCGUGUACUUGCGCAUUCCGUUUCAAAUGCGAAUCCAGUGA